AUGGCAUACACACUUGAGGAAGGUGCGAAACGCCAGCAGACAUUCACGCCUUUCAUAAUCUUCAUGCUACUCAUUCUCGGCACUGGGUCGAUCAGCUAUGGAUACACUGCUGCAAUUAUUGGCACGACCCUUGCUCCAGGCCAACCAUCGUUUAUUGCAUAUUUCGGACUAGCUACACGGUCCAAUGCUAGUGCCCUCAUAGGGUCAAUGAACGGAGUAUUCCAAGCUGGAGGCGUGAUUGGUACGCUUUUGCUGCCAUUGAUAGCCGACAGAUAUGGACGCAAGAUCGCCUGCAUUGUGCCAUCGAUCAUUAUCAUAAUAUCACAGGCACUACUCGCUGGUUCCGUGAACCUUGCCAUGUUCAUUGUCUUCCGUCUGUUUGCAGGCUUCGGAUGCUACGCAACUGCUGCGAUCGUCCCGAUCAUGAUGAGUGAGAUUGUGCCUCCCCGAUUUCGCGGCGCGUGCGUGGAUGUCAUGGGUGUUGGGCUCAACAUCGGUUAUGCCGCCUCAGGAUGGUUGGGCUAUGGCUUCUCCUUCUGGGACGGCGAGGGGAGUGCGAAUGCUUGGAGAGUGCCUCUGGCCAUCGGGGUUUUCUUUCCACUGCUUUUUCUUGCGGGCAUGCCAUUUCUGCCUGAGAGCCCAAGGUGGCUUUGCAUGAAAGGUCGCGAACAGGAGGCAGAAGAGGCCCUCAAGAGGCUGCACAGACAUUCUUCGGACCCGGCCGGCGACCUAGCUCGUGCCGAGUUCUUUCAGAUCCGAGAACAAAUUGAGCUGGAUAGCCAGCUAGACAAUUCCUGGUAUCGACUCUUCAGCAAGCCUUCAUACCGGAAACGAGCCGGUCUUGCGAUGUUGACCAUGUUUACGACGCAGACAUCCGGUGUUCUUCUGAUCACUAACUAUGCACCCCUGAUCUUCUCAACUCUGGGUUUGGACGCACAUGGGCAGCUCUUGAUCCUCGCACUCCUAGUCACGAUCGGUAUCGUGGAAAACGCGCUCGCCAUGCUGUUGGUCGAUCGGUUCCCACGGCCCAAAUAUAUGGCGGUCGGCAUGCUGGGCUGCGUGGCCGCGUUCGCAGCCGAAGCAGGCCUGGUCGCUCAAUACGCAGGCACCAACAACAGCAAUGCACUGAGAGCCGGCAUUGCGAUGAUGUUUGUCUUCGGCGUGUUCUACAGCUUCGCCGUCGACGGGCCCCAGUUCUGCUACAUCACCGAGAUCUUCCCUACACACCUGCGAGCCAAAGGCGUAAGUCUCGGUAUUGCCACGUUCUCCUUGACCAACAUCGUCUGGCUCCAAGCUGCACCGACCGCCUUUGCGGAUAUCGGAUGGAAGUUCUACCUCUGUCUCGUCGUCCCGAGCUUCUUCCUGGCGCUGGUCAUGUGGUUCUUCUAUCCGGAUACACGUGGCAAGCCGCUUGAGGAGAUCGCUGCUAUAUUUGGGGAUGAUGACGAAGUCGCUGUUCGCCAGGCUGAUGUCGAGAUCGACACCGCUACUCAUGAAAUUCAUGCCAAGGGUGCAAGGGUUGGUGUGGAGAUUGAGGAUUCCUCAGUCGGCACCUAUGCUGGCGAGAAAUAG